ACGUGGAUUUUUAUCGAAUCUAAGAUGUCUCAGUAGUUUAUCAACUAUUAGAGCACGUCGUUUCCAAGAUUUAGUUUGGGUGAAAUUUAAAAACUUAUAUUCUCAUGUUGUUAGUAUAUUAUUUUUAAUCGUUUAAAUGGAAUAAAUCAAUUAUUGAUUGAUUGAUAAAGUGUCCAGUUGCCUUCUAUUGAGACGAUGGGCAGUGCAGUCAUAAUUUUGCGGGCGAUUCUCAUUUUGUUGGUCAUUUUCCAGGAUGGACUGGCUGAAUCUUCCAAUACACCUUGUUGGGGAGUUAAAGUGUCCAAAGAGGUUGAAUACAAAUUGGAGAAUAGGAAAGAUGUUCAUACAAAACGAAUAAGCUUCGAAGGGUAUGGACUUGUCAUAGGGUCGUUCACUGAGCAUACUCUCGGAAAGGUCAACGAUUAUUUCAAGUGUACAGCAUUAUCGGAGAAGACACUCUACAAUGGAAAUCAUGAUUUGGAGGUGUUGAAGUGGUCUAACAGAAAUCGAUUUGAACAGUCUCCAAAAGAGAGGCUGAAUGUGGCUGAACAUUUCGUGGUCAUCAGACAAGAGGUUUGGAACUGCAGGGACUACAAUAGAAAGUUAGCAGAUAUACAGCGAGUUGUUAACGAGGUAAUCAGUACAUCGAAUGUUAGCGAAGUGAAGUAUUAUGAUGGUGUGCUGGUGGAAAGAGUCAACUAUGAGUCGAUUGACAAGUAUUCUGCAAAAGUGAAAGAUGUCAAAUACAUAACGAACAAUGGAAAGAAAUGGAGAUUUGAAGGAUCACUUUGUCUUGUUGAAGAUGAAAAUAGCGCAACGUUUGGAAUUCCCAACUUCCAGGCAAACAUCAGAGAUGAGCGAAAAGGAAAACCAAUAGACAAUUCAAUUGAACUCUCAAAGAGUGGCGAGACUCUGAAGAUUGGCUAUUCGAUGGACAAUUAUGACGAAUUUUUUAUCAAAAUAAGAUGUACACUUACCUCAGAAGGGAGUCAAUACUCACCCCUCUUCACCACAAAUUUGUAUUAUGUAGAGGAGUCAAACCGUGAGACUCCUAUAAAAACUCGAAUAAGUGAUAAGGAGUUUUCAAAAUUCUUCACCAUCAUCAAAAGAGAGGUUUAUUCGUGUACGACGCAAGACAUUUAUUCUGGCAUCAUGGUUAGAAAUUAUCUUCGAAUUGUGAAUGAAGGUAUUGGUAUGGUACCCAUUAAGAAGCUUUAUUACAAAAAGCUGAAUUUGGAUAUGAAGUACAUAAAAGUACCAGGAGGUAUUUCAGUGCGAUUCAAGGAUGUCAUGUAUUUCGACUAUAACUGGAAACAAGGUUUUUUCACGUCAGAAAACGUGUUAAUGGUAGAAGGUCAUACAGCAUCUAGACGUAAUUCCGACAACAGCAUAGAUAUUGCAUACUCGUUGACCCCCACAACAUACUACCGCUCUCUGAUUGGCUCACAAGGAAUCGACUUGCGAGUGGGUCAAUUUGUAUCAGAACCUGCGCUUGGAGACUCACAAUCCCAAACUGUCACGUGUUCCAAGGCAUCGAUGCUGUAUCAGAAUAAGAUCGAUUCUUUCAGAACUAUUGUGAAGGCAAAAAUAAAUGACAACGGUGUAAUAUCAUCAAUGAUUGUACGAGAGCAAGGUGGAUCAAAUAUCUAUAGAUCCAUGGGCACGGAGGUCCUUCUUUGCAAGAAUUCUAGACAGGACUUGAAAUUUCUAAGAAUAGUGAACAGAGUGGAAGUUAUGGUAGCUGUGCGUGAUAUAGAAACCUGUGAUGGCAUUUACAUUGUGCCAAAAGUUCUAAAUGAUGGUCAAUCUAUGUCAGUCUCAAUCACCGAACUCAAAUACUUGAAUGAGACUACUUUCAAACCUAUCAAAUAUGGGGGCACACUACAAUUUGAAAAACCAGAUCUUAUACAGACAACUGUGGAUGCCAGGAGGAAAGCGUUGAUCCUCUCAGUGGAAGAAGCAGUGAGAUGGAAUGGACAGGGUGUGGCACUUGAUCCCUAUGAGAUGUUCAGGGCUUAUCCCUCAGAAUCAGAGAGGCCCAAUAGUUUACUGCCCAGAUCAGCAGGUGGUUAUAAUGAUAUCGUCUUCAAUAAUUUGAAGUCUACUGAUCUGUCCAGUCUUACCAUUGCAACAUGCAGCAGCAUUACAGUACCAGGGACCGAUGAAUUUCUGACACCCUUUCAUGUUCUGACAGAGGAUUAUAACAUAGAUCCUCGAGUAAUACCAGUGGAUAAGACAAGAUUCCCAUUGUAUUUUACACUACUGUUGCAUGAGGAAUGGCUGUGUCUUGGCAAGAACUCUCCUGAGAAAUUCAUGAGGAUUGUGAAUAAAUAUGAAAUGAAACCAAACACUCCAAUUCCAAUUAACCACAUUGCUGGAUUCAACGCAAGCCUGGGAGAUUAUUAUGUAGAAAAGAGAAAAGGAAAAAUGAUACCAAUUUUCACGGAAGUCAAAUAUGUAAUGAUAGACAGUAGGCCGACACAAUUUCUCAACUAUAGACAGUAUUUGCUGUUCCCGGAACAAUUAAAAGAGAAAAAAGGAGUGGGCAUGGCAAGGAGCGGCACUGUUGUCAUCACAAAGAAUCGCUAUUCAGACAUUUUGGAAGGCGACAAGGUAGCAAGGGUCAAAGGAUUGAGCUAUACAUACAGAAAAGCAUACCAGACUAAGUUGAGUACGAGGGGAGUUAUACUAGAGAUUGGCGCAUCAUUGUCAAAAGCUUUAACUCCAAUCACAGGAACUGAGUAUACAAGUUGUAGUCCGGGUGGGACCCUGCCAAGGAAUUACAAGAUACCGAUAAUGGUAAACGGAAAAAGCGAUACAGAUGGAUCAUACUUGGAAAUGUUAGGUCAAGAAGUUUGGACUUGUCUCAGGAUUGGAAUCACGAAUGAAAAGAAGUUUCUUUUCUUUAGAGUUGUGAGCUACGCUAUGAUACCAACACAAAAAAUUACUACCAUAAAAGAAUUGCUUUAUCAGGAUGGAGUGACCAUAUCUUGGAUGCACAACAAAGAUGGAUCAUAUUUAUCAGUUAUGGAAGUUCGCUACUUUGAUAUUGAACUACAAUCAAUGGUGAAGUUAGCAGAAUAUGAAGACUUUAAGCUGGAGGCUAAACAAGGAGAAAAAUGGAAGGAGGUACGAAAAACACAAACGAAACUUGUCAAGAGAACUAAUAUGGAACAAAUAUUGCGGAGGACCGUCCUUGAAAAAAAAUGGGGUGAUUAUUUAUUAUACAUUCCAAUAACGUUCGACCGCCAAGUGGAUCAUUCACCAGAUGCUUUUGUGUGUACGAGGAAAAAUAUAAGGGUAUCAACAUCAAAAAAAAUGUCUCUCGUUAAGGGGAUACAGUUCUACAAAUAUCAAUCAAACGCAUUUUUCGAAGUAAAUUCGGGAAAUUUGGAUAAGUGGAUGGAUAUCAAAAUGUUCAUACAGGAGUGUAAGAGAGAACAAGAGAAAAUCUAUAGAGUUGAGACUUUAUUUGACUAUAAAAAAGACUACUUUGGCACUAAUUAUAUCACAGUAACAAGGAUUCAUCAUCAUGAAGGAGUCACAGCUGUUAAAUAUGGAGACGAUAUUCAAAUUCGAGAAAUAAAAUUUGUGGACACAUUGGAAGAUAGCAAAGGCACUAAAGUGUUGCAGUUUGAUGGCUUGAUAUGGGUUGAAGAUCCUGAUCCCGAGGACAAAAAGUAUGAGUUAUUGGGACGGAGGGAGUUCGGGGAAGAUACAGAUGCCUAUCGUUUGGAUUCAUUGCCCAUGAUGGAAUUUUCCACAAAAACGAAAAAGGGCAUUGUCUUACAAAUUGGCUCAGCAUGGAAGGAUGAAGUUCAAGUAACUGAAGAUAUGGUGUACUGCAAACAAUUUUUCCCACAGGAAAAAAGUAAACAUUACGAUAUCUAUGUGUAUAGUCUCAAAGACAGAGAAUGGGAUCAAUUCGAUUUUUGGCAGAAGGAUAUAUUCCAAGGACAAACACAGAAUGUUUGGGUCUGCAUGAGAAAUGAUGAGGAAAUAUUCUAUAGAGUUGUGAACUACAUGGUAUUGCCAGGUGAAAUUGUAUCAAUAUACUAUACUGAAGGCAUACAUAUUGGUUAUCUCAAUCUCCCAGAUCGUAGUGUAAAUGUGGAGGUGCAUGAAACUAAGUAUCUUCAUCCAGACUUGUUCCAUGUUCUGAAAUAUGAGGGUGAGCUGCAGUUUGUUUCAGAACAGCAAACUUUAGUCGAAAGAUUGUUUCCUCUGGACUACACAGCUGCAUCCCCUGAGCCACAAUUCGGAUACAGAGAGUUGGCUGGUGGUGGCAAGUACUGGUCGCUAGGAGCUCUGGCAGCAUUGGCCGUCAGGGAGCAAGCCUCAAUCCGCCAAAGCUUGGCCGAAACCAAAGGGAGGAGAAUACACAGAGCGGGCUUCAAUGGCGUCUGGUCGGUGGCUUCAGUUGAAAAGAAAGAAGGCGGCGGUUCGCGAAUACUCCACUUGGGCACUCAGUGGCAGCGGGACCUUUUCAGUGAUGCAUCCACCAAAGGGGCUCAACUCAAGUGUAUGGUGCAUGAAUGGAACCAGAUGUAUCAGACCAAUGACACGUACCAUCCAACAGUGCGGGAAUUGACCCGUGACAAUAUCCAUGAAUUUGAUCAAGAAAUGUUUGAAACUGUUUUCGAAAUUGUGCAACAGGACAUUCGGAUAUGUGUGUGGGAAAAUGGUGUGAAUAGGGAUAUAUUCCUGCUGAUUGCGACUAAAUUCAGUCCUCUUAUGCACGCGCAUGCGCAAUUCGCGGUUGCUUUCAUGCAUGAUGGAGUCGCCUAUGACGGAUACGACUUUGCUUUCCAUGAAACUGUUCUCAUCAACACCAGGAAUAAUGAAUAUUCGAAAUAUAGUGGCGAGAUUGGCCUAAUUACUAAUAAUAGAGGAAUUCAACCAGGGAGGGAUGCCAAUAUCGUGACGAAUGCCAAUAAUAACCUGUUCAGAGGCUUCUUUGGAAAAUCAAAGUCAAAGAAAAAACACAAUCGAUAGAUGGGUGUAUACCAACUUCCCCGAGAAUAUCUAAGAGCCAUUCACCUACCAACAAUCUAACCUAACCUUCUUUGAAACAAUUAUAAACAUUUCCUUCUAGUUUAUGUUACUGUUUCAUAUUUUUAUUCUGAUAUGGGGUGUUGUUUGUCGGGAAGUUGUUGGUAUAUACUUCGUCACCCGCCACCUCAAGCCUGUGCCACUUGCAGAAUUUGACAAGACUCCACUGCGAUAUUCUCAGCCUGUGUCGCCAUAAAUGACGGCGUCACCAUACGACAGUGUCACCAUAUGACAGACAGCAUUACUAUACGACGGCGUGACCAUAAUAUAAUUGUGACGGUGUCCUAGAAUAUUCCUAUUACAGAAUAUUUUUAGUACGUGACGUCACUGCGCAUGCGCAGAAAGCCAAAAAUAAAAAUAUAAGGUACCUGGUCCAUGUGCAGCAUUAUCAGUGUUACCAACAAUAGAAACUACAAUAUUUCCCUAUGAAUUCCUUCAGAAAGAUUUCCUUCCCAGCAAAAGCUUGUUCGAAACAUUAUUCUUCAUUGUUUUUGAAUGGUAUUACUCAACGUUGCAAAGUAUAGAAUAGCCCACUUAUUCCUUGUGAAAAUCUUAGAUGCUAUUGAUAUCCACGAGAAAAACUUCCACAAUUUAAAUCCACUAUAAACUAGAACUUUGCUUCGCUCUUUUAAUAGGAAAUGGAAUUAGUGUUUAAUAGGAAAGUAUUAUUCUAUACAUAAUAAGAAGACAAUGAAUUGUAAUAGUGUGAUAUUGAGUAGUCGUAUUAUUGUAGUUGUUUUUUGUGUAUCUUAUAUUCUUCAGCAGGAACUGAAUGAGCUUUGAUUCCUACGUUAUGUUGAACUUCCGAGUUUUUAGUGUAAGAAUUGAAUUUGCCAACUUGUUGCUCAGUUGUCAAAAUUAAAGCGAUUUCGUGCAUUUUUUAAAUACAGUUUCAAUUUCAUGUCGAAAAAGUUAAUGUAGGUUAGAGAAUUGUUUGAGCAUUGACCUUUUUGAAGCUUUGGCUUUUCCACUGGAAGUUAGGCUCAACGUUCGUGGAUGGGGAAUAAUUUUCAGUGAAAGGGCCACAGUUCGAUUUGAGACACGAACUAAGUAAAUUUUAAAAAAGUGUUCUAAGUAAAAUGUAAUGAGUUUUCUUAAAUCGAAUGUGAGUGUUUCUGGAGAGUCGAAGUUUAAAUUGUUGAAAUGGUGAGUGCCAAACUGUUAUUUAUAUUUAGAAAAAAAUUCAGUUACAUAGAAUGACCGAGGCAUGAAUUUAGUUGCAGCAAGUUGGCAAGUUCUCAAGUGUGGAAAUUGAAGAUUUAAUAUACAUAUCUGUUAUUUAUAUUUAGAAAAAAAUUCAGUUACAUAGAAUGACCGAGGCAUGAAUUUAGUUGCAGCAAGUUGGCAAGUUCUCAAGUGUGGAAAUUGAAGAUUUAAUAUACAUAUCUGUCCUAAAUCUAUUGCUGAAUAGUGUUGUAAAAGAUUUGACUUUACUUAUUAAUUCGCUUGAUUUGAAGUUCAAUAAAUAUGAGGUUAAAUUUU